AUGUCAAUAACAAAAUCUUCAAAAGAUACAAAAUUUUCAGACAAUUAUAACGAAAUAAUUAAGAAUUUAAGCCUAAUUUUAGACACAAAUGAAACCAAUGACUCAAAAAAGAAAUCAAAGAAACUCAAAACUCUUUUAUCAGAAACCAAACAAAUAGUAACUCAAAAAGAGGAAAAAGAAAGAGAAGUCCAAGCCAAAGUUGAGGAAAAAAAAGAAGCAAGCAACAUUAUUCCUCUAUUAACCGGAGACAACUUGUAUAAAAUCAAAGACCAAACCUUCCAAACUACGGAAGAACAAGCAAUCCAAUUAUUAGCCCGAGUAAUUUAUGAAUUAGGGAAAAUUGAUAAGGCUGAUUUAAUAAAUGCCAUUGAAGCGAUGAAUAAAGAUUUAACCAUCAAAACUUGGGAUUUGCCGCAAACUUACACCCAAGAACAGGCUAUGGGAACUAAUACUCCACGCUCAAACAUUUUAGAUUUUGACCAGUAUUUAUUUACUGAUUUAAGAAGUCAAAAUAGUGUGGAUAAUCCUUUUACUCAUGCCACCCAUAAUUAUCGCUUAUUUGAAAGUGAAAAGGGGGUGGAAAAAUUGGAAGAAGAUUUAGAUACCAAAAAAAUGGCCGCCUGCUUCCGGGCUGGCCAAUUAGAUAAAGAAAUCUCUGAUGGCCAAAAAGAAAUAGAUGAUAAGCAAAAGGAAAUUGAUGGUAAAGAUGCUGAAAUAAAGACUUUAGUUGGCGAAAUCUUAACUAAAAAACGAGAAAAGUUGAAUUCUUAUAAUAUUGCUAAAGGAUUUGCUAAAACUUCCACCGAGGAUAAUCGUCGGGAAGUAAUGGAAUUAGUCAAUAUUAACCAAUUACUGCUCGAAAUCAGAUAUUUAGAGAAUGACGGCGAUGCUACUUCCAUAAGCACAGUAGACGCUGGAAAUACCGCUCUAACUGAAAUAGAAACUAUUUUAGCAGAGGCGGGCUAUAGUGGAGGACAAACUACUUACUUAGUCUUGCAGUUCCGCAGUUUAGCCUAUAUCGAUGGUGGGGAUGGUAAGUAUGACAUUCAACAGGCUAUUAGCCGCAUAAAAGCUGGUAAAGAGGAAAAUGUUUCCAGGGCAAUAAAGAAACAUGGUAAAAUUGUCGAAGUGGAAGCCUUGAUUAAAAAAGUAAUUGGUUCGGAUGGUAAAAUCAAGUCAGAAUUCUUGGAAGAAAUAAAAAAGUCAGAUGCUACUUUAGUAGAUUUGAAAACUCUUUUACUAAAAGAACCCAAGGAAAUUAUCACCCUCAUUGCCCGCUUCGUUUAUAACCAAUUAGAUGAUAGUUCCCCAGAGGAAAAAAAUAAAAAGAAGACCCAAAUGAAACGAAGAAUUGCCAAAAA